AUGGAUUCGAACAAGCAGUUUGCACGUCAGGCAGUUUCGAAGCCAGAGUCAGGAGGGCUGAGAAAGCGCAGAAGUGGCAAAAUCUGCUGUACAUUUUCGGAUGAGAAAGCCCUCUGGGCGACCAGUCCGCUUGCAAUCAGACUCAUUUUAUUUUGGGAAAUUCAUACAUCAAGCCUACAUCAGGUCAACCGGCCUAAAGUGUCCCGUUUUAAUCAAGAUUUACUGAUAGUUCUAGAAUGUGCUCAACUGGCAUGCGCCGCAUCGAGGCCAGAGGUGGUGUUAUUAGUGAUGAUAAAGAAUCCUUGUCAACAUGACCAGAGCCUGGAGAGCGUGUUAUUUCUCCCGCGUUCCGUGCCAAUCGUCUGGAACAAGUUGCACCUGCGAUGGGAAGAAAAGGAUUCCUCAGAAUCACUUCCCGAAAGGCCGCCCGUCCUUCAGCGUGGCAUAGACCCUCCCUCCAAAGUGGAGACCCGUCGCGAGGGGAUCUUCCGUAGAGGAAGAAGGUACAACAAAUUGGGAAAUUCGGCGUACAAUUCUGUCCAAACUCGCCGGUUCGGAGCCACUUUUGCUCUCACGUCGUUGCGCCGAACUGAACUGUUCGCCUCCACUUGGGCUACACUUAUCCGUUCUCAGUUAUCCCGGCCCCUCGUGUCGGUGUCUCUCCAUCGUCUGGACGUCGAGUCGACAGACGUCUCCCCCGGCUACCAGCCUCAGUCUCCUCAGAUAUGCACACAGACACAGACACACACACAUCUAUAUGGGGGGUGUAUGUAUUCUGUAUGUUUACAUGUAUGA